AUGGAAAAGUUUGAUAGAGAGGAAUUGGUGCGAAUCAGCACCUAUUCGGAUAGACGCAACAAGUGGCCACUCGCUAUGCAGGUACACUUUCUCAUUACAAAAAAUUUUCAUUUUAGAAAUUCAGGCUCAAAUGACUACGGGACCUGGCAUCAGUACUCCAGGAUUCUUCCCGCAACCACGUGCUCAGAGCGACUCCAACGUUGACGAUGUUCCUCUGAACAGCGUUUACGUGGCCAGUGCUCUGCGCAACCGGCAAGACGCGAAAUCUGGAUGA